AUGCCCAGCUCUCUCAACAAUGCCAAUCGGGAAUCAAGCGUCGUCGAACUCUUUAUCCCUGCUUCAGAAGAAUUAUCUCAGGACUCUUUCAGACAGCACAUUACAACUCGCAACUUCUUUGCUUUCCUCCUAGGCAAACCUUUGGUCGGCGACCAUAUGGGCCAAGCAUUUGUAGAUCUCCAGGAACGAUUGCAUCUCUUUCGACCAAGCCACGCGAACAACCAUCAAGACUUCCUCGACUACGCAGAAAACCAAGGGUACCGAGACCUCGUCGAAUGCACAGACUACGCACUUGCGAGUCUCUUCUACGCAGAACAUUAUAAGCUUAGAGACAUCUGGGUCGACGCUUUCGCCCACUGUGUCGGCAUGAGUGAAAGCCUAGUCCUCAGCCCAGAAUAUGUGCUGACUUCGAAGCUUACUAAAGCAUUGAUCGCCCGAGCUCAUCUGGAAGUUGACGGUCACCUCGGCCGCGUAUCUAUCGCACUGAGCAGAUUCCUACAGGAAGAUCUCUCGCCGACUUAUCUUGGACUUACUGAUGGCGCCAGAAGCCACCUCGAUCGCUUUCGCCGAUUCUUGCAUACUUUCUACGUAGGAAAGUUUGGUUAUUGGCCACCACCACGGGGCGCUACCUUCCCUAAAGCUCUCUACAAGUCGAUGUAUUACGACUUCCAAAACCUUUACGACUACCUUGUAGAUACCGAGUCGACUGUCGAUUUUUCAUCCCAAAGACCUGCCAGUGGCGGCAUCUGCGUCUUGCAGAAUGUUAUGACCUUCGACCAGCGACAUGGCUUCAAGUCUCAGCCGCAUCCGUUACCUCUCCUACCUAUAUACACGUCGUCACCGAAGAGAACGAACUCCCAGAAAACGAACUCCCAGAAAGCUUUGAGACAGCUGAUCCUGGCAUCACAACAUAACAAGUCACAUCUACAAGACACCAUGCAUGGUGCCCUCGCGGCGGCAACAAAUACUUUAGAUCCGAAUGCGCUGGAAUCGAGCAUUGUACAGGCCUAUAUCCACUUCGAGAAGGCACACGCUAUCAAUUCUAGUCAACGCGAGGGGAAGAUAUCAGCGACAGACGCGCGUAAAGUAAGAUGGCUUUUGAUUUACGGGACAUUGCAAUACCUUGUCUCCGCUCUCCGGGCACCGAAGGAGGUUCGCGACUCCGAGAGCCCAGAGUACGCUUUGUGUUACGUUGCGGAACCCAUUGCUUCGACUACUAAUAGUGGUGCUACAACUCCUUUGGCCACACCCUCCGUUAAUGUACCGUUGGUCAUCGACGAAUACCUCGCGGAAUCGCAAAGCAGUCCGUACUCGAUCGAGCCAGAUUGCCAGAGGGAGGAUUACUUUACACCACGAAACAUCAGUCGACGUGCGUCCAUGGAGGUUGCGCCCCUCAAGAUAUCUCAACCGCUUCGCUCAUCCUCCGUGCGUUCUUUUGCGCGGCGAUCACUAUCCGUUCGGAGCUCGCGAAGGAACAGUCUCUCAAGCAAACCUACACAAAAACCUGCUACUAUCCUUCAGGGUUGCGGUGACGGAUCGAAAGACCCAGUGUCGAUCUCUCAUUGUCCAGCUACUGUCCCGGCAUCCUCCAAUUGUUCCGAGCAGUCAACUACACCCGUUGCUGAUAAUGCAGCUGGACAUGAGACCUCAUGGCUCAGAUCACGGACUCCCUCUGUUUCCCGUAGUAGACAGACCUCUACAAGUAGCACAGCCGCACGUCCCCGGACACCUCUACUUGACUCCGUACAGCUCGAGCGUGCUACGUUCCCAACUUUCUUAGCAGGAGGUAGUGGGGAGCCACCUAGCCGAUCAGACAGCACAAGCUCUACAGCAAGCUCGCUUUGGAGCGAAGGUGCCGCAAGUGCGGCCUCAUCUAAGUCGAGUGCAUGUGGAGAAACUUCUAUUCACAAGGCUAGCACCGCAGAAGAGAGCGGGCUUCUGGGCGGGCUUGUCUCUUUCGCGACACCGAAGACCACAGCACCAACGCUACCACAAAGCCAAAUACACCCCCUACUGCGACAACAGUCUCCACAAAACGAGUUCGAGUUCGGUUUCGAGAAAGGAGAGCCGGAAGUUACUCACGAUGUCUACGAGCACUCCGAUAUCGAUAGGACGAUUGGCAUGGCUGUUUCCACACCGCCAGUGCCGGCCAGAAGAUCUAGCUUAAAGCUUUUCCCAGAUACACAACCCACUUUCACUGCCGAAGAGGCACGUUCUCUCAUUGCCGAGAAGAGGCCUUAUCUUCCUCCUCGAUGCAUUUCCACUUCGUCAGCUCCCGACAGUGUCACUUCGUCCAAGAAAGGCGCGAGAACCCCAACACCUAUGACUGCGACUCCCAGCGGCUACUGGGAGCAGUACAAAGCUACUCUCACACAACAGAGAGCACGAUCAAACACGGUGUCCUCCAGCGGAUCCACUCCGUCAUCAAUUGUCAAGAUGCCAACCGUCCUCAAGGCAUCCUUUUCGCGCAUCGGUCCACGUAACGAGGAGAAUCGCGGCGUCAAGAGAGAGCGCAGGAUUUCUACUUUAUGGCGACACUAA